AGACAACUUUAAGCAACAGAGUGAGCAUCAGAAAUAAUUGUUUCAGCCCUGAUUGAAUGCGUUACCCUGCGGAAAGGUUAAGGGGAAAGAUUCGGAAACACUUUAAGGUGCUGGUGUUCGUGGUGAUUCUCGGGCUGGGAGUUUGGACUGCUUACCUGGAGUUCGUAGCUUCGAGCGAGUGGAGCAGGAGCGGCGCCUUCAAUCCUUAUCGCGAAUUCAGUAACUGGAGGGAACAGUCUUAUAGACAAAGGAACAAAGUGCCUGGUGUUAAUCGAGACUUGGAGUACUAUAACCAAAGAAAGGGCGAUGAAGUAAAUGAGUUAGUGGGUCAAGCAAAUUUGCACGUGUUUGAAGAUUGGUGUGGCAGCUCUGUUGAUCAGCUCAGGAAAAAUGUUCACUUUCCCCUCUUCCCACAUACCCGGACUGUGGUCAAGAGGUUGGCAGUGGCACCAAGAUGGACCAACUACGGGCUCAGGAUAUUUGGCUAUAUCCAUCCCUAUGCAGAAAGUGAGUUUCAGUUUGCUGUGGCUUCUGAUGAUAACUCGGAGUUUUGGCUAAGUACAGAUGACAGCCCAUCAAAUGUCACACUAAUGGCUGGAGUUGGAAAGACUGGUAAAGAGUGGACGGCCCCAGGAGAAUUUGGAAAAUUUCGAAGUCAAAUUUCCAAGCCUGUACUGUUGUCAUCCUCCAGGAAAUAUUACUUUGAGAUACUCCAUAAGCAAAACAGCCAAGGAACAGAUCACGUAGAAGUUUCUUGGCGACUCCACAAUACUGGCCUUAAAUUCAACAUUAUUGAUUCUCAGUAUAUUUCACUUUAUAUCAAUGAGUCGUUAAUAAAACUAAAUGAGGUACGGCACAUUCCACAGUCUGCGGCAAGUUCUAAAAGGACCUACCGUUACUUACAUUCACAAGAUGAGCAUCCGGCAGAAAUGCUGAAGCACGACCCUCGUGACAGUUUUUUUCAUUUACCUCUAAUUGCUGAAUCCCACGUGCAACGAUUGCUGCCUGAUUGUGCCUACAAACCCAGCUAUGUAAUUAAAGGGUUCCCUCUGCACCGUUACCAAGGAUUACAGUUUGUUCAUCUGACUUAUGUCUACCCCAAUGAUUACACGAGGCUAACACACAUGGAAUCAGAAAACAAAUGCUUUUAUUUUGAAAAUAUCUAUUACUUGGAAAGAUUUGGAUUCUACAGAUACAUGAAAAUGGAUAUGCCACCACAAAAACCAAAUAUGGAAAAGCUCAGAAAUUCUCUUUGGAUGGGAGCCGGUGAUGGAAACCCAAAAGAGCAGAAGAGGCAGGAAAAGGAAGUACUGGAGCACAAUUUUGAAGAAGAGGAGGAAGAAUACUAUGAAGAUGAUGGUCAGUUCCUACAUCCAAUGAAUCCAAAAGCUGCACUUCAGGAGCAAAAUCAGAAGAAUAUUGAAGAAGUUGGCAGUCAAAAAGAACAGGCAGAUAGAGUCCAAGAGGCCAAACACAUCCCUAACAGAGUGAAUGCUGCUGAUGUAAAUGAUUAUGGAGAUGACUACGAUGAUUAUACUUUUAAGAGGAAAAGGAAGCUGUUCUUUGUCAUAGAAAAUAAAUCAACUAACGGUACCUUUGAAGAUAAUCCAGGUGUUGACCAUAGAACAGUUGAGGGUGUUCAGGCACCGCAAGGAGUGAAGCGCAAGAGAAAUUAUAUUUCUUCAGUUAAAGAAAACAUACAGAGCAUCCACUCUCCAAAUCAAAAAACAAACAGGACUUUCCAAAGUUUUUCAAAACAGAAAUAUGCUUCAUUGAAGGAUAAACUAGUAGAGCCUACUGUAAAAUCCUCUGAAAAACAGAAGCCUGAAGGCAACAGCCUUUCUGCCCCGCAGAUUUCUCAGGGAGAGAAGCUAGGUGUUAACCAGAAUAUUGAUGAACUUGAGUUUCAGGAGAGACAAGCUCAUGGGUUAAUGGAGAAGCAAAAAGAAACGGUCAUUCAAAAAGCAAAGAAAACUAUUUAUGACCAACAGCCACCUACAUUGUCAACACAAAAAGUGAACAAAAAUGUUGCUGCAUUUAUCAGUAAAAAGAGAAUUGAUUAUUUAAAGCAGAGAGAACUUCAGUUACCAUCCAAGCUGAAAGAGGAAGCAUUUGAUGCUGGCAAACAAAUCUCUAUUACAGAUAAAUCUGUCUUUGGUCAAAAUAGCAAAGUGAAUUAUCGUGCUCAGAAUCCAGGACCUUCAAUCAGUAUGGAUAUUCAAUCCAGAAAAGACAUAAAGUCAAUCAAACUUAAACGCCAGUAUGAAAAAGUUACAUCACUUAACCCUAAUGCUGAUAAGAAAUGGACAGAGGAAGAAUACGAUUAUGGAGAAAAGGGAAAUGAUGCAGUAAUCCAAAACUCACAAGUUAAAGUCAAAGAUAGUUUUAAAGACAUUAUAAACAGAAAUAGAAAAUGGAGUCACCAGGAUAUAUCAAUACAAGGAGAGGAGGAGGAGGAGGGUGGUGAUGAAGAUUUCCCAGAUGAUGUGAGCUUUUAUAAGCAAGUGUUUGACAAAGCUGUCAGUUGGGAUCAGACCUUCUCUGUCAACAAUAUGGACUUCCAUUCCUUAAGGUCUGACUGGAUUGAUCUCCGGUGUAAUGUGUCAGGAAAUUUGCUGAUGAAAGAGCAAGAGGCUGUAGAUGUAGUGAAAAUGUAUAUGAGGAAGCUAAAUGAAAAACAUAAAGGAAUAUAUUCACUUCAUAAAAUAGUCAACAUUGAGAAGCGCCUCGACAGUCUGCGUGGAAGUCGAUACCUUCUAGAGCUUGAGUUGUUACUGAAUCAAAAAACAGUUGUGCGACUAUCAGAGUACAUUUAUAACCUCAACGGGAACAGCUACCACAUGAACAGUGAUGAUGAACGCAGGAUGAAAAAUGUAUACCGGCAGGGAGGCCGAAAUUUCAGAGAAAAUCAAGAGAAGAUUUUUUUAUGUACCCCAAUUGGAUUCAGCUGGCAGCGCAAUGCUAUGGUACACUUCAUAGUUCCAGUCAAAAACCAAGCUCGAUGGGUACAGCAAUUUAUCUUUGAUAUGGAGGAGUUGUAUGCAGUCACUGGAGAUGAAUAUUUCGAUGUCAUCAUCACUGAUUACAGCAGCACAGACAUGGACGUUGAAAGAGCUUUGAAAAACAGCAUGUUGACCAGGUAUCGGUAUGUGAGACUUGAAGGAAAUUUUGAGCGUUCAGCUGGCCUGCAGUCGGGAGUAGAUUUAAUACGGGAUGACCACAGCAUUGUUUUCCUUUGUGAUCUGCAUAUAUACUUUCCCCCAAACAUAAUAGACAGCAUCAGAAAACAUUGUGUGGAGGGAAGGAUGGCUUUUGCCCCUAUUGUAGUAAGACUGAACUGUGGCUCUUCCCCACAAGAACCCGAUGGAUACUGGGAAGUGAAUGGCUUUGGCUUGCUUGGAAUCUACAAAUCAGAUCUUGACAAGAUUGGAGGGAUGAAUACAAAGGAAUUUCGAGACCGCUGGGGAGGAGAAGACUGGGAACUACUGGACAGGAUUUUCCAAGCUGGGUUGGAAGUGGAAAGAUUGUAUAUGAGAAACUUCUUCCAUUAUUACCACUCCAAACGUGGCAUGUGGAAUAGGAAACAAAUGAAGGCAGCUGCAAGACUAAGAAACACAAUAGAUCUAGGACGGAGGGGAGGAGGAACAUAUUUUCCUGAAGAGUGGUGAAGCUGUGGAAUUCUGUGCCCAAUGAAGCAGUGGAGGCUACCUCAAUUUCCAGCGGGGCAAGCUGACGUGAGAAAACAUUAUGGAUGUUUUCCUUUCUUUAGCAAAGAAAGAGAAUGUAACAGGGAGGUUCAGUAUAUAACUUUAUUUAUGUAAACGGCAAAUUAGAACUCAGCUUGAACACUGUAUAGUUCUAAUCCACACAUUACAGGACAGAUGUAAUUGUAAUGGUGAAGAUGCAGCGGCAAUUUAUCAGGAUAUUUCAAGGAGCAGAUUAUUUCACUAUUGGGCUAAUAUUGGACAACUGUUUUUUUCCCUUUUAAGCUGCGACGGGGAAGUGUGCAGGAUUGGGUUCUGACUGCAGAAGUAAAAGGCAAAACUUUCCCUGGAUGGAAAGGUCAAAAUCCAAGGAGCAGGGAUAAACCAUGACUGGUCGUGGUUCAGCGAGAGGAGGCAAAUAAUUUUAAAUAGACAAUGAUAGGGUGUAGAGGAUUAAAGUGGUGGAUUGGAAUCUGAACACAUUUUUAAAAUGUACUUGAAGAAUUGUGAUUUGCAGAGCUGUAGAGCUUAUGCUGGAAGGCGAGAUGAGACUGGUUAACACUUCUUUUUGAUCAGCACUCUCUUGGUUAAAUAGCCUCCUUUCAUGUUGUAAUUGUUCUACCAUGUCUUCAAAUCCUACCAUUGCCUUCUCAGAUGAUGGUAUGCAGUUGGUUUAAGGAUAUUCCUCCUAACAUAGUUCACAGGGGCAUCAAGGCUGAAUCACUGCUGCUCAGGUUGUGAUGAGCAGGGAAACAGACAUCUGCUGUCCUCUCUGUGUGAAAGUCCUGCUGCUCUCACCAUCGCCAUUUUAUUAAUACUCAGUCAACACACUGGCUAACCCUCCUGCUACUUAAUACCCAGGUAGUGCAGCCUGAAUCUGGGGCACUUAGGACUCUUUGUGGGUACUUACACAGUCCUCCACCAUGAGGGAAUAAUCACCAAGCAGUCUGGCUGCAGCCAUCUGAGGAGAACUAUGUAGAAGCAGUUAGGCAGAUAAAGCUUCUUGG